ACCCUCCUCCUUUGUCCAUAUAACAGUCCGCUCCUCUUUGCAGAGUUUGGCACUAUUGCUAUCUUUGUUCUUCUCCAUAAUGAGCAACAGCGCCACUCAACCUCAACAUCACUGGCACGGAGUCCUCUCCUCGGCCCUAGACGCCGUAGGCCACACUCCGCUGAUCCGUUUGGAUCGUAUUGCGGCUGAAGAAGGAUUCAAGUGUAAUCUCUUGGGAAAAUGUGAAUUUUUCUCGGCUGGUGGAUCCGUCAAGGACCGUAUAGCAAAACGGAUGAUAGAGCACGCAGAGAAAUCGGGACAACUUAUUCCAGGAAAGAGUAUCGUAAUUGAGCCGACUAGUGGAAACACAGGUAUCGGCUUGGCCUUGGCAUGCGCACUAAAAGGAUAUAAGUGUAUCAUCACGCUCCCAGCAAAGAUGAGCUUGGAGAAGGAAGUAAUGUUGAAAGCGCUGGGCGCAGAAAUAGUUCGCACACCCACUGAGGCGGCGUUUGACAGUCCAGAGAGCCAUAUAGGAGUGGCUCGGACCCUUCAACAAGCUAUCCCUGACUCAGUCAUCCUUGAUCAGUAUUCCAACCCAAACAACCCUCUUUCUCAUUACUUUGGAACCUAUGAGGAAAUCAUGUAUGCCUUAGAAACUUCGAACUUGCCUAGGAAAGAUAUGACUCUUCUCGUUGCUGGGGCAGGCACGGGUGGAACUAUUACCGGCUUAGCACGCGCUAUACGAGACUCGGAAGCUCAUGUUUACCCUUCUGGCAGCGACUGCAGCAAUCCUAUAAAUGGCAAAUCCAAUGGAUUCAAGGCAUCAAGGACCCUGAUUUUGGCUGUUGACCCAGUCGGUUCUAUCCUUGGCGGCGGCGAGCCAGGCAACUACGAAGUUGAAGGAAUUGGCUACGAUUUCUUUCCAGAUGUUCUUGAUCGUGAACCUCAGCUCAUCGACGAAUGGUUAAAAACCACGGACGAUGAGUCCUUCGAAGCUACAAAACGCUUAAUAAAAAGAGAAGGGCUCUUCGUCGGAGGCUCUUCGGGCUCGGCCUUUGCUGGAGCUCUGUAUUACCUUCAAUCACCUGCAGGCCGUCAUAUUGCUGAAGACCCCGAGGCGAAUGUUGUCAUUCUUUUCCCUGAUGGCGUGAGGAACUAUAUGAGCAAGCCAUGGUUUUUGACAGAGAAUAAUGCCCGAGAAGGCCAAGAGUUGCGCGCGAAGAUUAAAGAUGUGAUUGGAAGGGAUCUGGGAGAUGUUCAUGGAGGAAGAGCAACCAAUAACGUCAACAAACAUUGAACUUUUAGAGCAUUUAUUCAUGCGAGGGUAUCUUCCAUUUCGUUUCAAUUUUGAUGUAUAUUCUGUUGCUAUAUCGAUUAUUUUAUCAGUACUUUGUAGUGUUCAUUUACUGUCUUUCACCAUUUUCUUAUUAUCUCCUCUCAUGACUCCAUGAUGUGGCAUCCAUAUGCAUUUCCCUCC